AUGUCACUGGGGAUCUUGAUUGUUGGCCUGGUCUUGGGCUUCACGCAGCACGAGCCCUUAGCCUUCGAGCCCCUGGCCGCGGUGGGUGGAGUCAUCUUCACGCUGGGAAACCUCCUGUGCCCUUUGGUGAUCCAGCUGAUUGGCCUGGGCCUAGGUUUGACGAUCUGGGAUCUCAGCAACAUGCUCAUGGGCUGGGUCACGGGGCGCUUUGGCCUGUUUGGGGUGGACAAGGAGAUCUCGGCGAGGCCCAUCUUCAACUACUCCGGCUUAGCACUGGCCUGUGUUUCCUUGGUCUUCAUGUAUCUGGCGGCACGCUUUGACAGGAAGCCGAAGGAGGCCUCCGCGGACGUCGAGGAUGUCGAGGAUGUCGAGGAUGUCGUGGCGCCAGACGAGAGCAAGGUGGCCGCGCAGGAGAAGCAAGCGGGCCCGGCGGCGGCGGGCUUGGAGAGUGAAAGCCCCAUGAGAUUGGUCAUGGGCUCGGCCAUGGCUGUUCUCGCCGGCAUUCUCUUCGGGACGAUGUUCGACCUUCCCCAGGACCUGAUGCAGGGGAAGUUCGGCCAGUCAUUGUGCUCUGGACUACGUGUUCAGCCACUUCCUGGGGAUCUUUGUCGCAGCAGCUGUGGCGUUGCUCAUUUACAUCAUGGUUCGGCGGAGGAGGAGCUACGUCCCCUUGAGGCUUGUACUCCCGGCCAUGUGCUCGGGCAUGAUUUGGGCCGUUGGCACGGUUGCUUGGUUUGA